AUGCGGGGUUUAAAGCCGAGACCUCGGCUCUUUUCGGCGCAGAAAUUUGCAGUGGCAGCACCCAAGCUGGGAAGAAGUGGCGUGGGCAUUGUUUCCCGCGGCUUCCCCUCCUCUUGUCGCGCUUUUGCAGAGCUGCUGGAGGACCUGUCCGAGAGCCGGGAGUGUGUCAACUGCGGCUCCAUCCAGACCCCGCUGUGGAGGAGGGACGGCACCGGCAACUACCUGUGCAACGCCUGCGGGCUCUACACCAAAAUGAACGGCCUCAGCCGGCCCCUCAUCAAGCCCCAGAAGAGAGUGCCCUCGUCCCGGCGGCUGGGCUUGUCCUGUGCCAGCUGCCACACCACGACCACCACCCUGUGGCGCAGGAAUGCGGAGGGUGAGCCCGUCUGCAACGCCUGCGGCCUCUACAUGAAGCUCCAUGGGGUUCCCCGACCUCUUGCUAUGAAAAAAGAAGGAAUUCAGACCAGGAAGCGAAAACCUAAGAACAUAAAUAAGUCAAAGGCAUGCUCUGGUAACAGUACUACUGCGGUUCCUAUGACUCCAACAUCCACGUCUUCUACUAACUCAGAUGACUGUAGAAAAACCGCUUCUCCCAGCACACAGACUGCAGCCUCCGGGGCGAGCUCAUCGGUGAUGUCUGGCCCAGGAGAGAGCACCAGUCCCGAAAGCAGCAACCUUAAGUAUUCAGGUCAAGACGGGCUGUACACAGGAGUCAGCCUGACCUCUACGGCUGAAGUGACAGCAUCCGUGAGACAAGAUCCCUGGUGUGCCCUGGCUCUGGCGUGACCUGGCAUGAGGGAAGCUGGAUCCCGGCGCUGCACGGCAUCCCCCAGACGUCCGUGCAUGGUUUCUCCUGCAGAGAGGUCGCGGUGGAAGCGAGAGUGCUGGCAAAGACCAUUCCUCUGAAAUUGUUUCCGUGCCUUGGUGGCAGAGGUGUUUUUCAGCCUCCGAAAGAGGCUCUGCCGAAGCAUCCAGUUCCUCAUCUAUGCAAGAAAAAUAUAGGGAAAGCAAAUGUCCACUGGGGAUAGCUAAUGCAGCCUUACACUCUC